GAUCAAAUUUUGCUGGUAGCAAACCCGGACAGUGAAACACGCCGUUUGAUUCAGGAACCCGGCGGCUUAAACCCUACACGGGAAAAGAAAAUAUCCCGCCUAUGCUUAUACCCAUUUUCGUCUAACUCCAACUAAACAGAAAUUUUCCUAGAAAAUGUUUCUCAGACAUCGGCGCUUGAAACAAAUUUCAUGGCGGUUGCCUCGCAUUUUCUCAGGUAAUUACUUACUGCAAUCUAGAGAAGCCGUUAACUUCUUUUCAGCUUGCUCUUUAAUCCCUGUGCCUUACUCACUUGAUACUAAACUCAGUUACAUGGGGAUUAUAGACAAAGCAUUUCAUUCGCAAAGUUACUUUCAGGUACCCAACAAUGUCACAAGUGUCAAAUGAGUCUACUCCUUCUCCAGUGGAUGAUAUAUUGUUCUUCAUCCAAUCCACAUUUGAUAAGAUUCAAGGCCCCGAUCAUUGCUGGUUAAAUAAGGUCGAAGGAGAUAACGGUUAUUUCAAGAAAGAUGGAACCUUUUUGGUCCUUGCUGGACAGUUCCUUGGGAAUUCUGCAAUAGCUGGUAUUCUUGAAAAAAUCAAGUCACUUCAUCAGAAAUAUCCACAGCUUUGCAUUAUGGGUUUGCAUUGUGGAGCUUCGAUUGGCUCUGCUGCUGAUCAAGCUAACCUUGUUGAAUUGAUAAUGAAGGAGUACAUUACAUUUCCCAUCUUAUUGUCAAGCAAGAACUUUUUAGAGAUGGAAAACAAGGCAUGCUGCAUUUUGUUUAGAGAUUUUAUGAAUCCUGUUAUUUAUCAUGAGAAGGAUUUGGAUCUUGGAAUGGUUAGUAAAGGCAUUGAGGAGUUACAAGUUCAACAGAAUGGGAAUCUCAGUCGCAACUUGAAAAGAACUUGGGUGAAGCAAGCUGAGGUCAUUAAGGAACCAGAGUUGUCCUCUUCUCUGCAAAACUUACUCCUCUACUUUCCAGGUUGCAUCUCUGCAGAUGAAAGUGGUGAUCGCCUAUUUGUAUCUGACAGCAAUCAUCAUCGGAUUAUCAUAUUUGAUAGAAAUGGGAAGAUUAUGGACUGUAUUGGUUCUUGCCCAGGUUUUGAAGAUGGUGAAUUUGAGUCUGCCAAGCUACUGCGUCCUGCAGCUUCCUUUUAUCAUGAUGCUGAAGAUUGUCUGUACAUUGUAGAUUCAGAGAACCAAGCCAUCAGACGAGCUGAUAUGGAGAGGCGGGUCUUAGAGACUCUUUAUCCCACUUGUAGCGUCAGUAAAAAAGAUAGUAGUAUAUGGACUUGGAUUAUGAAUAAAAUGGGUUUUUCAAGCAACAUUGAUUCAAACUCCAAAGAAUUUGAUUCCCAAUUGCGGGUGUUUCCAUGGCAUCUUUUGAAGUCAGCAGAUGAUAGUUUCUUUAUCAUCAACCGCAGCUUUGAAACCCUGUGGAUCAUGGAUAUGGCUUCAGGAGAAAUAAAAGAAUCUAUCAAAGGAUUUUCAAAGAUUUUGGAGACUUGUGGGCAGUUGAUCAUGGAGAAAGUAUCACUCUUGAAACAAAUGCCAAGUGAUUGGCUAAAACUGCAGAUUGAUGCCAAUUUUUCUCCAGAGGGUCUUCCGUUUGCUAGUCUUUUAUCAUCUAUAACAACUUUUGAAAAUUACAUAGUUGUCUGUGACACAGUUGCACAGAGAGUGCUGAAACUAAAUAGCGAUUCCAGAGUCCAUUCAAUCUUCCAGUUUUCAAAUUUUGGGAUCCUUGGAUUUCCAUAUUGGCCAUCGUUUCGAUUGGAGAAUGUUUAUCCUGAGGUUUCACCCCGUAGAGGAUGUCCUGAUCAUGUCCAACGUUUUAGCAUGCUGCCAGGUAGGAUUAACAUACAGUUAAAUGUAGAAAUCCCUGUGGAUUUUGAGCUUGUUGAACCGUUACAAGAAGGAUGCAUAUGGCGCCAGGCAAGAGGGGCUGCAAUUUUAGGAAUACAGGAUGUAGCAGGGUCCUCAGAGAAGGUUGGUGUUGCCCAACAGUGGUAUGAUGAUUUGGAUAAUCUGGCCUUUUCAUCUCCUGAACCAGAGAUGAUUGUUGAAAGCAGUAACACAACUUCAGAAAUUAAAUCUGAAGAUUGUAGAGUUCACAUUGAUUGUUCUGUCAAUACAAGUCCUGGAACAAGUGAGGUUAUUAUAUAUGCUGCAUUAUAUCUAAAACUUAGAAGAAACCCUGAUUUACAAGAAGACAGUCAGAAGAAGGAUGCAGCAAGGAUAGCUGAUAUUCUGAACCCGGAGAAAAGAGGAGGAAUUGGAAGAGAUUCAUGCAUUCAACUCUUGUUAAAAUCAAAUGCUGAUUUGAAGGACCUCAUUCUUAUGAAACCAUUACAUGUGAGGAUCAAGUUGGAUUGUCUUGAUCACCCAAAAUCUGAUAAUGGAAAAGAUAUCAUCUUAACCAAUUCCUCAAUCGAAGUCAAUGUAACACUUGAAACAUAAUUACCGCUAGUUUACAACUACACUGAUUUUGAUGUGUUUGCCAUUUGGCUCUUGGAGAAGAAGCCAGAGUGAAGGUAAGAAGCUGAAUGCACCUCCAUUGCCAAUCCUGUUUUCGAUUCGAUAUCAGACCUCCGAAGAUGGAUAAUCCAAAAUAGAAAUGGAUAGACGGGGUUUCUAAUGACUUUUCCAGGUUAUACACUUCAAUAGAUAUUCAAUAGGAAAUUAUUUGUGUUCAUGUGCCUGAUUAUAUGAGAUACUUGCUCUUUUUGCUUUUUAGCCUUGUUAAUGUCAGAAUAGAAAAGGGUAACUAUAGUUAAUGUUAUUGUUGUAUUUAAAAAAGAAUAAGAAGGGUAAAGUAUUUUUGGAAGAAAAUUCUUCUUCAGUUCCUUUCAA